AUGCCGAAAAGUAAAUUUGCGAGUACAAUGAAAAAUCGAGUUAAAUGUGAAAAUAAUAUCAAACAGAAAUUUCCUGUUAAUCAAUUAUGGGAAUGGCAAACAAAACAGUUGUGUCGGCCAUUAUUUGUUUUACAUAGUGGACCACCAUAUGCGAAUGGACCUCUUCAUAUCGGACAUUUUUUAAAUAAUAUUCAAAAAGAUAUAAUUGUACGUUAUAAAUUAUUAGAUGGACAUCGAAUAGAUUUUCGUCCUGGAUGGGAUUGUCAUGGUUUACCAAUUGAAUUAAAAGCUUUACAAUUAAAUAAAACAAAUUCAAAUAAACAAAAUCAAAUAACUAUUCGUAGACUUGCACGUCAAUUUGCUACUGAGGAAUUAGAAAAACAAAAAAAUGAAUUUCAUUCAUGGGGUAUAUUAGCUGAUUGGAAUAAUUGUUAUAGAACAUUUAAUAAAGAAUAUAUUAUUGAUCAAAUUAAAUUAUUUUGGAAAUUAUAUCAGAAAGGUUUACUCUAUCGACAAUAUAAACCAGUAAAUUGGUCACCAACUGUUCAAUCUGCUUUAGCCGAAUCAGAAUUAGAAUAUAAUGACAAACAUACAAGCACUGCGAUUUACGUUCGAUUUCGUUUGAAAAAUGAUCCUUUAUUAUCAAGUCUUUUACCACAAUUAAAUACAGAGAAUAUAUAUGCUUUAAUUUGGACAACUACACCAUGGUCUUUGAUUGGGAAUCAAGCUGUAGCUGUUAAUGAAAAACUGAAAUAUUUAUUCAUAAAAUUCCCUUCAACUAAUGAUAUAUAUAUUGUUGCGGAAUCUUUAUUAAAUAAUAUAAAAAAAUAUCCACCAUUUUCUGAUAAUCAGUUUGAAAUAAUAGGAAAUUGUCUUGGCUCUCAAUUAUCUGGUGUUAAUUAUCAUCACCCAAUCUAUCAUGACGACAAAACUUAUCCUAUUGUUACAAGUGAUCAUGUUACUGAUGAAUUAGGUACUGGUCUUGUUCAUAUAGCACCCGCACAUGGUUCUGAUGAUUUCCUUCUAUCUAUUAAAUAUAAUCUUUCAUGUGUAAAUGCGGUGAAUACAAACGGUCGUUUACAUUGCCCAACAAUUGAAUCUCUUCAUGGUCGUAAUGCAUUAGAUUCUAAAGAUGGAAUAAAAUCGAUUCUUGAAUAUUUAAAUUCAAAUAUAUUACAUCAUUAUGAAUUUACACAUUCAUAUCCGUAUGAUUGGCGAGCAAAAAAACCUGUGUUAAUCUUAGGUAGUCAACAAUGGUUUAUUGAUACAACUCGUUUACGUGAUAAUGCAUGUAAACAUAUAUCAGAGGAUGUAAAAAUCUUUCCUGAAGGUGCUGGAAAAAGUUUUCUAUCUAUGAUAACAAAACGUCCAUAUUGGUGUAUAUCACGACAACGUUCAUGGGGUGUACCCAUUCCUGUUUUUUAUACUAAAAAUGAAAACAAAGAACUUGUUAUCAAUGAAGAAAUGAUUGAACAUUUAAUAAAAUCCAUCCAAGAAAAAGAUUCAAUUGAUUUUUGGUGGUCAUCAACAGAUAUUAAAGAAUUAUUACCUCCGUCUAUGCAUAAUCAAGCUGAAAAUCUUAUACGUGGAGAUGAUAUAUUUGAUGUUUGGUUUGAUAGUGGUUCAUCAUUUAAUUCAGUUCUUAAAGAUUUCAAUUGUCACGCUGAUUUAUAUUGUGAAGGACAUGAUCAAUUUAAUGGUUGGUUUUUAUCAUCAUUAUUAUUAUCAACAGGUUUACAAUCCCGAGCACCAUUUUCAAAUAUAUUCGUUCAUGGUUUUGUUGUCGAUAAAAAUAAUCAAAAAAUGUCGAAAUCAAUUGGAAAUGUUAUUCAACCAUCGGAUAUGAUUUAUGGUGGUGGAAAAGAAAAAUUUCUUGAAAAUGGUUUUGAUGUUUGUCGUGAAUGGGUGACAAGAGAAAGUUAUAAACAACAAUGUAAAGCUAGUACAGAAGAUUUAAAUAAAGCUUAUAAACGAGUUUUUGAUAUAAGAAAUGUAUUGAAAUUUAUAUUAGGAAAUUUAUAUGAUUAUCAACCUGAUAAACAUACAGUAUCAAAUGAAAAUUUAACUGCUAUUGAUCGAUAUAUGGCUUAUCGAUUAAAUCAAAUUCUUACGAUAUAUCAUACGGAUUUUGAUCGAUAUAGAAUGUAUCAUGGGUUAAUAGCUGUUGAAGAUUUUAUUCAAGGAGAUUUAUCAAGUUUUUAUUGUUCAGUAACAAAAGAUCGACUUUAUUGUAAUCCAUCUGAUUCUUAUCUUCGUCGAUCAACACAAACAGUUUUUUAUUUAUUAUUGAAAUGUUUAAAUGAACGAUUAGCACCAGUGAUGCCAUAUCUUGCACAAGAAUUAUAUAAUGAAUUAAUCAAUAUAGAAAACAAAGAUAAAAAAAUCAAUGAUAUUUUUGAAAAUAAAUUUACUAUUUUGGAUAAACAAUUAAGUGAAAUACCAUCUGAACUUGCAUCUGCAAUGACCGUUGUAUUACAUUUACGUAGUACAUUUCAUAGUGUACUACAAAAUCGACGAGGAGUUUUAUUUGAUAUUAUACUUUAUUUAAGUGAUAAAGCAAAAUUACAGCUUCAACAAAUUCUGAAUACUUUACAAAAACAUCCAACAACAGUUAAAUUAGAUUUCUGGCAGCCAUUAGAAGAACUCUUACAAUGUUCUCGUGUACAACAACGAUCAUUAUCAGAUUUAGAUAAUGAUCUAACCGAAGAAAAUAUUUCAAGUGUUGAUUUACCAUUAUUAGAUGAUAAAUUUAAUUAUAUAAUGAAAGUACAACAUUCUACUUUGCAUUCUUGUCCUCGUUGUCGUUUACAAAUAUCAGAAAACGAAGAGCAAUUAUGUUCUCGAUGUUCUUUUUAUUUACAAAAAACUUAG